AUGCCUUUGGAAGAGAAGUUAACCCGUGAGCGCGUGAUAAAAAUAAUUACCACGCCGCUGCCAGAGGUCACCGACAUGGUGCCCCUGAUAGGCUGCGAUCCCGGGUGGGGUGUGUGGACCGAAGGGAGCCGGCCAGAAGGUUACAACAGGUCAGGAAUAAAUAACCGCCAGGCGGAGGAUCCCAGAUUCCGUCCUUCCUUUUGUUGGGUGAGCGGCGAGCGCCAGGCGAUCGCGUCCACAAAGGCGAAAGAAGCGGUCCCACCGGCGCCGCUCGGCUCCAGCCCCGGGUAA